UGCGAUGAGCUCCAGGAGGCACCGCGGGCCCAGCUCGGACUUCCUGGGAGCUUCCUGGAGGAGGCGAAGCAGGUCUCAGGCAGAUAAGGAGCAGAAUGGACGGGGUUUGGGGACUUGCCCUUGAGGAGGCAGGGAGGCGUGACCCUAUUGACAUUAUGGUGUGUCACAAUAAGCUAGUGGAUUGUUACAUGGUGUAACAAUCCAACAACCAAAAUUUUUCCUGAAAUGCUCCUGAAAUCAAGUAGAAGAAAAUGAAGCUUGCUUGUGGUAUUUCAUAUUAAUGAAAAAAAAUGAAGAUGUCCGGGAAGAAGAAGGAUGAAGACAGUGGGACAAGCACUACACUGAGUAAAGCAAGCGAAGAUACUUCCUAUCAGUGGCAAAACAAAGAUGGGUCCUGGGACUCUUCACAGGUGAUGAAAAAACCGAAGCAGAGCCAGCUUACUCCUGGAUCCGACUCAGAAGUGGCUCUGGGCAAUGACUCUCUUGAAGGAAGAAGGUGUAGGCACCAUUCUCCGCUCAGCCAGGCGAAUCAGUCCCAACUCGACAGUGAUACUACCGACUACGACAGCGAAGACUCUGACUUGGGAGCGUCGUCCUGGAAGGAGAGUGAAAGUGAACACCCACCGCCCGCCGGUACAAAGAGAAAAAUAGCUCAGCGGCAACAGAGUGUGGACAGUGACCGAACCAGGGAAAGGCCCUGCCUCUACUGCAAAGCCAGGAGAACCCAUGAAUGGUUGGCCCGCCAUUUCCUUCAGAACACUUCAGUAGCAGCCCCGGUGAAGGGAGAUCUUCAAGAGGAAAAUUCUGUACCUGACAUUAACACAAGAUUCAGUAAAUUUUGAAUUUUAUCAAGUCCUUGCCUUAUUUGAAGCCAAAUGAAAGGGAUAAAUAAAACACACAAAAAAAUCACUGAAGCUUUAGGUGAGGAGAUGUUUUACAAUAAACUCUGUUAACAAAGAACAAAAAUAAUUGGAACCCAACAGGUAAAAUUUCAAAUACUUCUUUGUCCCAAACCAGGCCAGUGAAUUUGUUUAUGGCACCAUUGGAACAUCGACGAUCUGUAUCCACUAUGAUUUUUUAUUCAAAAGAGCACAAGAU